AUGCUUGCCAUCACCGUUGGCUAUAUUGUCUGUACGGGACUGUACAAAGAAACAUGGACUGGCUGGUCUUGGGAAGCUCUGGAGCAAUGGGGACAGUUCCUAUACCUGGCUGUGGCAGGACUCAUCAUGAUCGCCAUCGAGUGGUGGAGUUUUGAAAUAGGACUCUUCCUAAACGGAAUAAUCGGGGAAGUAGAACUUGGUGCCACAUCCGUCGUAUUUCAGUUGGAGCAAAUAAUCUACAUGGUGCCAUACGGAAUGGGCGUCGCCAGUAGCAUCCGGGUAGGCCACAGUCUAGGUGCUGGUAACGCCAAGGCUGCCAAGACUACGGCCAUGACAUCACAGUUGUUGGCUUGGCUGUGUCUUCUGGUCACGGCUACAGUGAUCCUCUCAAUGAAGAAUCUCCUCCCGUUACUUUUCACACAAGACCCAGAGGUGAUCCCAAUGGCAUCCUCUAUACUCCCGAUCCUGGUGAUCAUCUUAUUUUUGGAUUCCAUUGUUGCUACCUCCAUGGGGACGUUACGAGGGUGCGGAAGACAGUGGACAGCGGCCAUCUGUAACGCUGUGGGCUACUUAGGAAUAUCCAUCCCCAUAGCGGUUGUCUUUAUGUUCAUCGUUGGCAUUGGGGCCUUCGGAUUUUGGUGGGCAAUGUGCCUGGGAAUAUCGCCGACGGCCUGUCUCUACAUAUACUUUCUAACCCGUCGAAUAAACUGGGAUAAUGAGGUUCACAAGGCGCGGGAGCGAACAACUACUCGACGGAAAGUGAAAGUCAUCGAGGAAACAGCACCUUUGAUAUCAGAUGAAACAAACGUCGACGAGACCGCAGAUGGCAAAACGGGACAACCAAACGGGACUCGUCUGAGUGAAGCGUUAGAUUACGAGAGAACAAUGAGUACUGAUGAAUCCGUGUUCAGAAAGCGAUUGAUUGUGUUGGUCGUGAAGAGAGUCUUUGGGUGUUUGUCUGUCCUCGCCUUGUUUGUGGCGUCAAUUUGCAUUCGGUUAUUUGUUCCUCUGCCAGCAGAACCAUCUAUUAUCCCUGCAAUGAACGUAACCAUGGCAACCGCAACAUCCCCGGAUUACGACAUUUAA